UAUAGUGAUUAGUUUGUUCCCAUGCUUCGGGGUAUAUCGUCUCAAGAGAAUGGCGUGCACAAGGAUGUAAUAUCGUCCACAUCCAUUAACAUAACUAAUUUCACGUUCUACUGCAGUGUCAGUAACUGUGAAAUAAGUAUCAAGUUGUCAUUCAACAAUUACGAAUUUUGAAAUAUAUUUGUUCAAUUAUGUUUUAAAGAUAUUGUGCUACGUGAUAGAGUUCGUAGCCUUGUAAGUGUAGUGAAAGUUGUUCGUAAUUUGACCUAAUUCAAUUCCUACUGUCUUCUGGGCAUGUAUAUUUAACACAUUCCGAAAUAAGAAAAACUCAUUAUAUAAUAAUUAUUGAGUAUCGCAUAUUGCACUCUGUGUAUGAAGGGUACAGAAAUUUAAAUUUCUAUUAUGACGAGCACGGAUACACGUGACGUAAUUCGAGUCGGAUCUCGGAAAAGCGAGUUGGCUCUAAUUCAAACAAGAUAUGUAAUACAAUGUUUGAAGGAGUACCAUCCAUCAAAGGAGUUUGAAAUAGUUACAAUGUCUACAAAAGGAGAUAAAAUUUUAGACCAGUCUUUACCUAAAAUUGGAGAAAAAUCUUUAUUUACAGAAGAAUUGGAACUUGCUUUGGAAAAUGGUCGUGUUGAUUUUGUAGUACAUUCAUUAAAAGAUGUACCAACAUCACUGCCAGAAGGAAUGGUUUUAGGUGCAAUAUUAAAACGAGAAGAUCCGCGUGAUGCAGUUGUUAUGUCUAAAAAAUACAAGGAUAAGACAUUAGCUACCCUACCAAAAGGUAGUGUCAUUGGUACUAGUUCAUUGCGCAGAUCCGCUCAAUUAGCCAGAAACAUGAAACACUUAAAAGUAGAAAAUAUUCGUGGUAAUUUAAACACUAGAUUAAAGAAAUUGGAUGAUAAGAACGAAACUUUUGCGGCAAUUAUUUUGGCUGCUGCUGGUUUAAAAAGAAUGAAGUGGGAAGACAGAAUAAGCGAGUUGCUAGAACCAGAGGAAACAUUGUAUGCUGUUGGGCAAGGUGCAUUAGGAGUUGAAUGUCGAGAGUCGGAUUGGAAAAUAUUAUCUCUUUUGGAACCACUGUACGAUGUAAAUACAACCAUAAGAUGUGUAUGUGAACGUUCAUUUCUAAAAACAUUAGGUGGUGGUUGUUCUGCACCAGUUGCUGUUUCCUCAACAUUAGCGGAUAAGGAUCUAACUAUUACUGGUGCAGUAUGGUCGUUAGAUGGGCAAGAACUUGUCAGAAAUACUAUUAAGAGUACACUUUAUAUACCUGAUGAUGAUGGAGAACCUCCAAAGAAAUGUCCAUAUCGGGAACCACAACUUUACUGCAGCAUUGCACCUGGUAAAGUAAGCAGUAUAAGUUUGUUGGGUGCUGAAAAACUUGGUAAGGAUCUUGCAGAAAGUCUUAUUGAGAAAAAUGCUCUCGAUAUCAUGACACAAGCUAGAAAUGAAAUUUUAAACUCGAAAUAAGAUUGGUAAAAUAGUAGAGCAAGCAAAAAUUAGUUUUUCUUGAUGAUGAAAGUACAUCUUGUAUUAUAAAUGUGAUUUGCAGCGACUGGUUUAAUUUGCGAUAUAAAUCGUAAUUAUAAUUAUUCAAGUUAUAUUUCAUCAUUAAUAAGAAGCAUAUAAAGUGCUGUAGUGUAUGAAAGCUACACGCUGCAUUAUUAUACAUUUUGCCUAAUGAUUAUCACUUCUAUCAUAUUAUUUAUGAUUUCAUAAUAUUGCUUCCAUUAUGACAGUUGUAUUUAAAACUGAAAAAUUUGAUUCCUUUCACCACUGUAAAAAUGUAUUCCUACAUUUACUGUAAAUAUAAAUAUACUGUAGAGGAUCUAUUAAUGUUAAACAUAAUUUGAUUAAAUGCUAUACACUGCCAUAUUUUAAUUUUGAAAUGGUGCAAAAAAUUUCUAACUGUAGAGAAUAGUUCAGAAUGAAUGUUUCACGUUUUUAACAAAAAUAUGAACGUAACAAUAAUGUUUGAAACAAUUCCAUACAUGUAUAUACAGAUCUAUUUUUAAAUAGCCAAAUGUCAUUGUCAAGAAAACUAAUUGUUUUAUAUCAGUACAUAGUAUUACGAUGAAAUAUGUUUAUAAAUAUUAUAUACAUAAAAAUGAAUAUAUAUAAAUUUGUUAAUAUUUGAUUGUACUAUUGUAGUAAUUAUUUAUAUGUUGAUGACUUAUAAAAAAAAUAUUCUUAUAUCAAAAUAUUGUGUACAGUUACAGUUGCUAGUUAUAGCAAGGGGAAUUAAA